GAGAUACGAUCCGAUUUACGCUGGAGCGCCGUAUAGCAGGUGUUUGUUUGUUGCCUAGCAAAGGUUGUAAUGUGUACACGCAAUGUGUAUGUACAAUUUCAUUCGCAUUCCAGUGAUUUUCGCAAAAUUGUUGUUGAUCUCGCCAAUUCAUAAGUGAAAAUAAAGUUGUAUGUACCUCAUAAUAAAUCUUGGAAAUGGCAUAUUACAGUAGAGAUCGUAUCGAGGAUGGUCUCCCAAGAUUAUCGGGAGGAGGAGGAGGAAGAGCAGCGGAUUUGCGACUUUUAGACGAUGAAAUUCAACGACUUGUCCACAAUCGCUCUGCUCCCCCAUCUGGGUCGCCUAACGCUUCGGCGUAUGCAAGCCCGAUGCAGUCGAGAAAACUGGUGCAAGAUCUACAUGAACAAGUCAAAUUGUACAGAACAGAAGCAGAAAAGAAAGACAAACUCAUACAAGACUUAUCCAGAGGGGAUAUCUUGGCUCACAGGAAACAUGUUGCAUUUGAAGACAAGUCCAGCCGUAUGUACUCUGAUGCGGUGCUAUCUUCUAAACUCUCACAACUCAAGAUGCAAGCGGAAUCAGCACCCAAGAGAGACCUGGCUCUUCUGCAUCUAAAAAAUGAACAACUCGAAACUGAGCUUGCUGAAGCCCAGGCCAAAGUUGCUGCUCGUGAACUCCAGCUGAAAGAAGUCAACUCCCAGCUGGAGCACCAGCAAUCCGAUGCGGCCCAGCACCUCACCAUCAUCCAGUCCCUGCGAGAUCGCAUCGGGGAGCUCAACAACCAGAGCGGGGUGCUGGAGGGCGCGCACGCCCGGGGCGAGUACACCAUCGAGGCGCUCCAGAAGGAGUCCGGUGUCCAGGCGGAGAGGAUCCUGGAGCUGGAGUCCAGGAUCCGAGACCUGACCACGGAGAGGGAGGACUCGGAGCAGAAGGCCCAGACGCUGCAGAGGAAGUUUGAUGAGGUGUUCCUGCAGCUUCGAGGAGCCAUGAAGCUGGAGAGUUCUUCUCCUGAGAGGAUGCUAGAUAAGGUGAAUGACCUUGCCCAGGAGAAUAUCAUGCUUCGAGGGAGGUUGUCCUCUCUCACUGAAGCCCACAACAGCAGCGAGCUGGAGUCCAAGGCAAGCCGAGAAACCAUCCAGAGACUGGUGGGAGAGAUCGAAAGAGAACAGAAGACCUACGUCGAGAAGGCUACCUCAGUGGAGAAACUGAAAAUGGAACGUGACAUUGCUUUCCGAGAUCGCAGCCACCUCGAGGCAGAGAACCGUUCUCUCCGUGAGCGUCUUGAUGCCAGCCAGGGCAUGUGGGCCAAUCGCCAGAAGGAGCUGGAAGAGAGAGAGGUGAGGGUAGCGAACCUCGGCAAGGAGUUCAAGACCAUCGAGUUUGAUUCUCAGGUAGCUAAGACAGAGCUGAAGUCUUUCAAGGAGUCCCUUGCUCUUCUGCUUUCCGAAGGUACCUCCAACUGCCAGCCACAUGAUGAUGUCAUCAAGGAGAGAAUCAAAGCUCUACAGGUUGCUUCCAGGGAAAACAAUGUGCAUGUGGAUGCAAUGGAAAGCAAGGUGAGACAGCUCUCCGAUCAGCUUGAAAGUCAAGCCAACCUUCACCAGGCAGCCAUCCGACGCGCCAGGGAGGCGGAGGGCUACUAUGAGGACCACAAGGAUAGGAUCCGGACUCUGGAAGGCGGUCUGGCCUCGAGCGAUGCUCUUAGAGACAGCCUCAGAGGGGAGAGGCAGAAAUACAUGGCAUUCCUGGAGAAGCUCGCCAAUGUCAUGAACAUGGAUGGUGUCUGUAAGGAUGUAGGCUUCGACAUGAAUGGAGAGGCUCUCCUCGCUCGGGCUGAGCAACUGGCAUCUAGAGAGGGCGGUGUCCUUGCUGACAAGAAUACGCACGUUUAUGCACUCCAACGAAAGGUCAAGACCCUGAAGCAGCAACUGGAGAGCAAAGACCUCCACCUGGAUCUGAUGAGGAAGAAGGUAGCCAACCUGGAGGAAGGGGUGAUGGGACGCUCCAAUCUCCAGAAGGACAAGGACGAGAUGGAAUGGAGCUAUAAGAAGCUCGGCAAGGAGAACGACAGGCUCCGCGCCGAGCUCGCUCGGGCCAAGAAGAUGGUGGUGGAACUCAAGGCAGAGAUGAUGGAUGUCAGCAACAUUAAGCUCUCUUCAAUGCAUCAGCAUGCCACAAUAGAAGAUCUGCAGAAGGUUGUAGAGAAGCUGGAGAAGAUCAAGGAGAAACAGGCCCGCAAGCUGGCUGGGAUGAAGCAGGAAUUGGACUUCACGGAGCACGAGGCCAACGAGACCAAAGCCCGCUCUGAGCAAUCAAUGGGUUCCAUGUCGGAGGAGCUCCACACCUCCAAGGUGCUGCUGGCUGAUCUCCAACGGCGAGAGCAGCAGCUGACCGACUUCCGACAGGUCAUCGGCAGGAUGCUGGGCAUGGACGUGGGCGUCCUGGCCGUACCCGACUACGAGAUCAUCGCCAGGCUGGAGAAGGUCAUCCAGGCCCACCAUUCGCACGCCAUCACCAGCCUCGGGGUGGAGAAUACCCUGACAGAGAUGGAGAGGGGGUUCAAACAGGGUUACCAAGAGGCAUCAGCUCUCCUAGGCAACACCAGGAUGAACAGGUCAGGGACGCGGUCUCUGUCACCAACCAGGAAGAAGGUUGUCCGUACAGAAGUCUACUAAAAUAUUAAUUACCUCAUUAGUAAAAGAAAACCUUGAUUGUAAAAUUUAUAAAUGCUCCUGGACAUUGAGAAAAUAUUUGAUAUUUUUCUUCCUUUUCUGGGAAAUAAGUGAAUCAUCAAUGGGUUCUCCUUUGUAGUUGUGAACAAAAAAUAUGAGGUGCCCAAACUUGAACAAAUCUAUCUUUAAGAAUAUAAAUGUUUUCAUAAGUUAUGCUUUGUGUCACAACCCAAAUGCAAGAAUAACUUUAUUUAUCAUUGUACUGUCGUUAAAACAGUAAAUAUAAUCCAGUGGAUUGAGGAUGGGAUAUGGGGGGGGGGCAGGACUGGGGCUCUAAAAGUGAAAUUACUUUUGAGACAUUUUGAUAUAGUUUUCUAAAAGGUAGAUUGUUUAUGGCUGAAUGUUAGUUGUUUGUAUACAGUGAACUUUGUAGUUAUAUUGUACAAAGUGUACAGAUUGUAUAUGUUGUGUUCAAUUUAAUUAAUUCAGUAUAACAUCAUGCAAGAGUUAACUAAAAUGAUCGUGAAAACAUUUUCUUUGUACAAAGCUUAAUAUUGAUAAUUAAUAAUGAUGGACUAGGGUAGAUAUUUAUACUGAAAUGCUUAUUUAUGAUAGAGAAUUAACCUGUACCAGUCCAUAUUUUGAUUAGUAUGGUUAGGACAUUUAACUUUUUAUGUCAUGACAAUCAUGUUCAAAUUUCAUAUGUAAGUCUUCUCAGUAUCUUGAGAGUUUGCAAAGUACAAAGGAUAGCUAUUAAAUAAGGUAUGGUGGAAGUAAUGUUUUUUCAUUGUCUUCACUUGCAUGUAUUGAGAGAGGUGGGGGGAGGGGGUUCCAGCAAUAUAAAAUAAUAUGCUUUGAUUACAGUUGUCAAAUUGGGAUACCUUUAAUUUUUGUGUAUGGGUAUUGCUUUGAAAUACAUAUUUGAUUUGUGCCAAAUAUUUUAUAUUUUGUUUUUUUUUAAGCUAAUUUUUGUAAGAAAUUUCCAUUAUUUUGACAGGCAGUCAGGUAAAUGUCUUUCUCUCUUAAUUACGUUAAAAAAAUCUAUCAUUUUUUGUAACCUGGUUGUUAGGUUAUGAAAACAUAUGAUUCAAGGAGAGGAUGCAUUAGUAUUUAAUGUAACUUUAAAAAGCACUUUGACAUACUGAUUGGUGAUGCGUCAAAAGGGGAAGGAAUUCGAAAAAUUAUCAUAUUUAUAUGGGUUGGGAUGGGUUAUAUUGUGUACAACAUAUAUGUUAAGGAUAAAUGUUAUUUUCGGUUUCAAUUUUAUGCUUGUUUCUUUUCAAUUGUGAUAUGUUUGUGUUAUUACCAAAGAAUCAUGAUGCACGCAUGUUCCUUGUUUGUGAAACAGACUAGGAUAUGUACAGUAGCAUGAUGACUAUAGUCCUAUGAUAACAGUACUUUGUGAAGUAGUUGUUUCAUAUUAUCCCCCUCCCCUUUGGCUUUCCAUACACUGAUCAUCAUGUAGUAAGUACAUCAUUUCUUAUGCGACAGUCAUACCAACGAACCGACUUCAAACCAACUGUUGGUAUGCUUAAACAAGUGUAACAGCUCUCUUCAAUUGAUUUCGUUGGUGUGACUAGGAUUACUGUAGAGGCAUGGUUUGAUAAGUCCCAGUGACUGAAUAUUGUCGUUUGACAAGAUGUGGCUCUACUUCCGCCACUCUCCACCCAGGUGUAGAUGGGGUUCCAUGAAAUGCUGUUAGUUCCAUAUUUGAGAGCCAGGCUAAGUUGGUAUUUAUUAAUAGAUCACCUCAAGCAAUUUGUCUAGUGGAUAAAUGCACAAUAUAACUCAUCAUCAUCAUAACACUUAUAUUAGACGGGUCAAUUGAAAUGAAGUUCUAAUUCAUGUUUUUGGCUGUGCAUGAUUUGUUGUAUGACCAUAACCGCUUACAACAAAAUUUCUGCACAAAAUAUACCCUUAGGUCAGGCUUGGGUGCGAAAGAAGUGAAUUACCAUCGUAGUGACAUGUAUCAAUCAAUAUCUUCAUCUUAUUUUUUCAACUUUCCUUUUCUGCACCACCUUGCAGCUACAUAUACCAUGUGAGCCGCCUUGCUACUUCCUGUGUUUUCCUAGAUGUACAUUACAUUCUUUGACCCAAGAUCGUCAUAGCGAUCAUACCAUAUUUCAGGAAGUUUACUAUUUCCGUCAUUUUCUAUAGCUAUAGUAUUCAGCCAAUAUCAUCAUACCAUAUUUCAGGAAGUGUAGUAUUUCUGUCUUUUCCUCUUAAUAUCUACCGAAAUUCAUUAUACCAUAUUUUAGGGAGAGCAUUACUUUCUAAAUAUGUUUUUUCAGACACCUUGAGAUAAUGUUACUUAUUGUAAAAACAUUUUAUUGAUUGUAUUUGCUGAUUACCUGUGGAUGAAUUAACAUGGACCUGUUUCACAGAACUUGAUGUCAAUGGCACAGUACAGGUUAAGUACAGUGUCAUUUGAUUGGUGAAAAGGUUUAGUGAAACCUGGGUCCAGAUAUAUUUACCAUAGUGAUUAUGAUUAAGUAUUUAAUAUUAAUAAUUCUCAGGGAAAAUGCUGCUGUAAUCGAUUCAGACUAAUGAUUUUUCCUCUUGGUUUGUGUCUUUUCUUAUCUUAUGUAUUUUACUUUGUAAUCCUCUGUUAGUUGAUACCACAAUGACAAGAUGGCACCCCAAUUAGAAGUUAAAAAAACAAAAAAUUAUUGAAAUUAUUCAGAUUUUGUACAGACAUUGCAUAUAUAUAUCCUUGAAAAUUAUGCUAUGUACAUGAUAUUUUUGUUCUCUUAUGAAAUAUUAUUUGUUAUAAUGUGCAUUUUAAAAAUGUUUUCAUUGGUCUUUGGCAACUGUAUAAGUAAGUGAAUAUGUUUGAUUUGUGUUUCUUUUCAGUCAAGUAGCUUGUAAAUUAAUUUGAGUUGAUACCCCACUCCUAUGCUAUUCUUAUUGAUCCAAAUUGUUUGUAUUAGUAUGUGCUUAUUUAACCCCUUGUGCUGUAUAUAUUGUUUGUAAAUUUUAAGUAGAAAACUGCAUUUUUAAAAUGAUUUUGAUGUAUUUAAGAUAUACACUAACAUUCGUGCAAUGAAAUAUUUUCCUGAAUUCAUUCAUGUUUAUAUCUGUGUAUUCAUGUAGGACAUAGUGAUGUACGCGUACAUGUAUGCAAAAUUGUAUAGUGCUCUAUGCAUAGAUUAAAGAGAAAUAUAAAAAAAGAA